UAUAUCAAUUCUUUCGCCCCUUCCCACAAUCUCUCCUCCAGCGCCGGCGACAAUUCUCUUUCGGCCGCCCAAUUCUCUUCCGCCACCACUCAAUCCUCCUCCAUCCAAGACGUAUCGUCCUCCUUCUGGCGCCGAUGCCAAUCGAUCGAUUUCAAAGGCGCAAUCUUCGAUUCAAUUUUGUCUCCCCUCAAAUUCGCUAUUUAGGCUGUGUAAUCGAUGAUGAUUGGACUGACGACAAGAUUAGAGACUGGAUCGGCGGAAAUGGCUAGAACAGAGUCUUCUCCGGCGAGGGCACUGCUGUAGCGGUCCGAGGAGUGGCCGAUGGCGAUGUCCAUCUACGGCGGCGGCGGGGAGGAGUUGGGAGCAGCGGCUAGAUGCAAGAGAAGAGAAGAGAAGGGUUUCCAAUCCUGUCGGUCGAUUGGGAAGAAGAAGAAGAAGAAGAAGAAGAAGAAGAAGAAGAAGAAGAAGGGAGCAGUAGCAAGAGGAGGUCGCUGGAUGAUGGGUGUUUGUAUUGUGUUUGUGAAAGGCUGAAUGAAAGCUCUUGGUCUGAGUUAUGGUGCUUGGGUGAUGGCGUUAGCAUAGAUGGAGUUUCUAGUUUUGUUAUGGUUGGUAUGGAAAUGUGUGAAGCAGUGAUGAGUUUGCAUUUAGAAGGUGUAAUCAGAGAGAUUUCGAGAGACAAGGAAAGCAGGAAACCCCAGUUGUAGCUACAGCUGCAAGAUUUGCCUCUCUGCAGCUCUACUUAUAGUAGUGCAUAAUUAAUAGCAGCUGGUAAAUAUUAAUUUGAUGAUGAAGGCAAAGGUGGUAAUUUUAUAAUGUUAUUUAUG